CAUUCUUGUGUGGUUAUUUUCGUGUUUAUAGUCAUUAGACGGUGUAAGAAAUAAUUAGCUUUUUACCUAUAUGCUUGCAUUUCGAGCUGAAUUGUCUAUAUAGAGCUUUGGGUAGUUGAAGCAGCUCGUUGGCCGACUUUUGCUCUUCACGUACUAGCUCGCUAGUCUGGCUGGCAAGCUGGCUUGUUAGCAAGCAACCUUGCUAGCUAGUGCUAGCUAGCUAGCAUUCAUUAUCCAGGUUGCUACUUUUGUUUUGUUUUUCAUCUUUAGCGUUUAGCUGGUUAGGCACAUUAACUUAGCUCAUUUGGCUGAUUUUGUCAAAUUUAACGCAAUGCCUGUGCACUCCCGUGAAAAGAAAGAGAGUAACCAUGAAGAGAUGGAGGUGGAUUAUCCGGAGCAAGAGGGCAGUAGCUCCGAUGAGGAGGACACCGAGACCUCGUCCGUUUCUGAAGACGGAGAUAGUUCAGAAAUGGACGAUGAAGACUGCGAGAGGAGGAGAAUGGAAUGCUUGGACGAAAUGACCAAUCUAGAGAAACAGUUCACUGAUCUUAAAGACCAGCUCUACAAGGAAAGGUUAAGUCAGGUGGAUGCUAAGUUGCAGGAAGUAAUAGCAGGCAAAGCACCAGAGUACUUGGAACCCCUAGCCAAUCUGCAGGAGAACAUGCAGAUUAGAACCAAAGUUGCAGGAAUCUAUCGGGAGCUGUGUCUGGAGUCUGUAAAGAACAAAUAUGACUGUGAGAUCCAAGCUGCAUUUCAGCACUGGGAGAGUGAGAAGCUGCUUCUGUUUGACACUGUCCAGAGUGAACUGGAGGAGAAGAUAAGACGUCUGGAGGAAGACCGCCACAGUAUAGACAUUACAUCAGAGUUGUGGAAUGAUGAAAUGCAGUCAAGGAAGAAUAAGAAGAAAGAUCCCUUCAGCCCAGACAAAAAGAAGAAGCCAGUUGUUGUCUCAGGACCAUAUAUUGUUUACAUGUUACAAGACUUGGACAUACUUGAAGACUGGACAGCAAUUAGAAAGGCAAUGGCAACCUUGGGACCACACAGAGUAAAAACUGAUGUCUCCACCAAGAGUGAAAAGCAUCAGCACAGCGCACGUUCAGAAGAGGGGCGUCUGUUCUACGAUGGCGAGUGGUACAGCCGGGGACAGACCAUCUGCAUUGACAGGAAAGACGAGUAUCCGACAAGUGCCAUCAUAACCACUAUCAACCAUGAUGAAGUUUGGUUCAAACGGCUUGAUGGCAGCAAAUCCAAACUCUACAUCUCUCAGCUUCAGAAAGGCAAAUACACCAUAAAACACCCCUAGUCCUACCCAUUUCCUUCUGUUUUGUCCAACUCGGUUUAAAAUGUGUGCCAUCUGAUAUAUCUUAUAUUUUAUUCUUUGCUGCUGUUCUGGAUAUUUCAGAAAAUGGACAGUUCUCUCUGGACAGUUCUCUCUCCCGAUGGCUUAAUUGGAUAUAUCGUUUCUCAGCAAAAUGUGCAUGUAUUUCAGUUCUCAAGUUUUGUAUUAUGUGUCUGUAUGUGCGUAUGUGUAUGUGUAUGCUCACUGAUUUGUUUGAGAGAGGCCAUGAAUCUUCAAGCUGUACACAGGAGAAGAUAAUUCUGCCACAGAGAGAGAGGUGGAUGGAGCAUUUGUUCUUGAAUGGAAUUCUUGGAAACCCAAUAUAAUCUUUUCUUUUUCUUUCUCUUAAUUGUGUGCAGAAAGAUAUGGACCCAGUCCUAAAAGCCUUACUGAGAUUGUGUACGUGAUGCCACUGGUGAAGUGUGCCAAACUUGAUUUACAUCACAGGUUUACAAUGAUACAAUGAUAUCUGUGAAAGCAGAGUCGUCUGUCUCCAUUGUUGCGGCCUGAGGUAAAUGUGAUAUUACCUCACACCAAGUUGUGCUGCUAUCAGCAUCUUUUGUUUUUCCCUCCAAUGCAGUAUUAAGCUGUAGUCCACUGCCAGCUAUCAUUAUACUCACCUGCGGUUGCUCUACUUUACUCCAUGAAUAUGCAUACGUCCAUACAAAGACAAAGCAGUAUCAUUUUCAGUAUGUGAGAACCUGGCUUGCUGUGUCACGACAUUACAAGCAAUUCAGUCAUCCUGUUGAUAAAUCAUGUCUGGCUUUUUUGUACAGGCCAUUAUCAAAUGCUGGGGAAAAAUAUUUUGUUUUUUUAAACAUUUUGCUGUAAAUUGUAAACCAGAGCUGUUUUGUUCAAUUAGCCUUUAAGAAACUUUAGAAAUGUAUCCAUCCCAGAAAGGUUCAGAACAAAGUUGUGCUUCUGCGCACCUUAGCAUUACGCAUCCUUCUCUUCAUAAGAUAUGGAACAUUAACACAGCACAGUAUGUUCAGAGAAGCCCUGAGGGCAUGAGGAGACUUUCCCAAUCAUCAUGAACUAAGGAACCAGGAAGUGGCUCAAGGAGUGGACAGUUACAGCUUCAGUGCAUGACAUUUUACAAAACCAUUAACUGGUGUACCUACCAGACAGGUCAUCUCAGACACUUCUGCUGAUGAUGUUUUUAUCUGCUGGAAUAUCAGUCAAAGGAGGUGGCCCACUUACUCUUUGUCAAUGACUUGUUUUUAGUGUAUUUUUCCCUUCAUAUACAACAGUGACCAUGGCAUAUCUGUAUUAGUGUAGAUUCUGUGCAAGGAGAUGACUGUUAAGUUCAUCUGGCUAUGUAUUUAAUGCAGUAUUAGCUUGACUGGUUAUUAUGCAAGAUCAAAUUAAGUAGCCCAUAAAUAAGUACAUGAAUGCUGAAUACAUCUGUGUGCAAAUCUGAUAUCAACUGGCUUCUCUUAGAUUGAAUUGUAAAAGAAAUUAUGUAAAGGGAACCAAUUGAGUUUUCCCUCCAGAUCCUAUGUGUUUUUAUGUCUAAAGAAAAAUUUUGCUGACAAAUUAAUGGAUGAGACUGAAAUGAAAAUACAUCUAGAGAAAAACAUAGGUCAAAUUAAGGAUAAAGGGACUCCUGGGUAAAUAAUGUUGGAUAUUCUAGUUGUUUUUUUGGCGUGAUUAAGUUUGGUUCACCCUUGUAUAUAUAUUUUUUGCAUAGCCAAUGAGUCACAGGAAAUUUACCAUAGGUAUUUUUAUGACUUUUACUAAAUUGUUCUGAGCAGAAUAUUUAAC